AGGAUGCUAACCACCAUGAUCAUCAGCUCAAAAUAUUGCGCACAAGCCUCUCUCCCUCUUCCAAUCUCUCUCUCUCUAGGAUCUCAUUAAAUCAUAGACUAGAGUCACUAGACUACUCAAAAGCCAUGAACCCCAAGCCACAGUGGUCAGACUUUUGGGCCAUCAUUGAAUUUGUUGUAGUAAGGUGUUUAGACAUUGAAACUGUUGAUUAAUGGCGGAAUUCGUGGGUCCAAGGUUGUACAGCUGUUGUAAUUGUCGAAACCAUGUUUCACUUCAUGAUGAUAUAAUUUCUAAGGCUUUCCAGGGAAGACAUGGUCGAGCCUUUUUGUUCUCUCAUGCGAUGAAUAUUGUCGUGGGACCUAAAGAAGAUAGGCAUCUCUUGACUGGUCUCCACACUGUUGCUGAUAUAUCUUGUGCCGAUUGUCGUGAGGUGUUGGGUUGGAAGUAUGAAAGAGCUUAUGAGGCAUCUCAGAAGUACAAGGAAGGGAAAUACAUAUUUGAGAAGUUGAAGAUUGUUAAGGAGAACUGGUAGCACCCCAUCAGAGUCCCUUUAAUUAUUCCAGUGUUUGACUCAGCAGCUGCAUUGUUGCUUGGUGAUGUUCAUCUUGUACAGGAAUUUAUCAACCAAUUGAAAUUGUCAAUUGUUCUUAGUAGUUCAUUCUUGUCAUGUUCCCUGUAUGAAAGAUGGUUGGAUUCUCAAUUUCCUUGUUAAUAGAAUUGCGAUUUACCUGAAAA